AAUCUUUCCAUUUCCCCCUGUGAGCUCGAUGAUCUCUGGCAUCGAUUGAAUUGGCUCUAGCUUUGACAGUUCAUUGUAAGAUAUGGCAGGAGUCGAGUCUACACAACCUGCUCAGGUUGAGAUUUCUAACACGGGCAAUGUGCUAUCGGAAGGAUAUGACAAGAAAUGUAUUUUCUGCAGGAUCGUAAACAAUGAGAUGGGGACGGAGCUUAUUCACUGUGAGGACAAAGAGCUCGCAUGUUUCAGAGACAUAAAACCUGCAGCUCCCCACCAUUACUUGGUCGUCCCAAUCAAGCAUGUUGGUAACUGCAAAUCACUCAGCAACAGACAUGUACCUUUGGUGAAGCGGAUGGUCGAGACAGGGAAGGAGAUCCUCCAGAAAAACAACGUAACAGAUCUCAGUGAUGUCAGGUUCGGUUUUCACUGGCCCCCAUUCUGUUCUGUCACACAUCUACAUCUUCAUGUUUUGGCACCUGUCAGUCAAUUGGGCUUCAUGUCCCGCCUCUUCUACAGACUCAACUCCUAUUGGUUUAUCACAGCAGACCAGCUGAUUGAGCUUCUCAACUCUAAAGGAGAGACCAGCUGAUCACAAGGAUCGAGCUCUUGCAGCGUUUGACUGUGAUGAAGAGAUAUAACCAUCCACCUUUUUGCAUCCAUUUUCAUGCUGGGUGGUAUACACUCGCAUGAAGUUGGUGUGUGUUUGGCCCAUAAUACCAAUAUGUUCAACCAGUGACAUAUUUAAAACUGGAAGAAAAAUAAAGCCAAAUCUUGAGUCUUGCUGCUUGAGAAAUGCUGCACAAUUUAUCCACUAUUAACAACUGAGUAUCCCUCACUCAAAGUACAGUUCAGUACACUUGAAUUGAUCUCAACAAGCACUGAAAUGCAAUGAGUUAUUUGCUUAUUUUGUAUCUGUUUUGAUGUGAUGUCUCUGUGUUAACAUAUAUACAGUAAUAUAACCAAGAACUAUUAAUGGAAUGUAAAGAAAAUGAGAUAUAUCUACUGUACAAAUGUGUAUGCAUUUUCAGAAAUGUUCUCUGUGAUUUUCUGAGCUGUCUUGAUUUAUAUGUUUGAGUGAAAGGUUCACAUAACAACUACAGUCAAACAUUAAUGAAAGCUACACUGUCUUUUCUUUCUUUAUUAUAAUACCUGAAGCAGUACUUUCUAAUUUAUCUGUCCACUACUGCUGCUGAAAAGGCCAUUACUGUACUCAACUGCAGCAGUGGAUAUUAUGGCGUCUAUCAGUCAGUGCAUAGACCUUGACUAUAUAGUUCUCACUCAGCAUUUUAGUUCAUUGUACAUCUAUUUUGGUGUGGUUCAGGUAUACAGUUGUAACAAGUUUUCUAUAAUUACAGAGCAUUAUAGUAAAUACAUGCCAUAUUGUCUGUCACAGGCAGCCUCAUGUUCUCAAUGACCUUUUGACUCACACUUGUAGUUUAGGUACAAAU